UGCUGUGGUAUAACUAUGUCAAACGUACAGCUAGCCAUAAGAAUUCGACCAUUCACGGAUAAGGAGUUAAAAUCUGAAAAGGACCGUGUACAGGUCGUCAGUGUGAUAGAUGAAACUUCUGUUGCAAUAACGAAUAUAAAGGUGAGUCUAUCAGGCGCUGGAGACAGUCGCGAGCGUGUGCGUCGUUACUUCGCAGAUUUUACUUUUGAUAGCGCCUGUGCAAGUUCACAUCCUAAUUAUGCGACACAGGAAAAGGUAUUUGAUAGGGUUGGAAGUGAAGUCUUGUCAACGAUAGCAAAAGGUCGUUCGGCCUGUGUUUUAACUUAUGGCCAAAGCGCGACUGGGAAGACCCACACUAUGAUGGGUUCUCCAGAAGAACCGGGAUUGAUUCCACUGAUUUGCCGAGCUUUAGCCAGACAUAACCCUCUGGAUAUAACUGUCAGCUAUCUCGAGAUAUACAACGAGAGGGUUCACGAUUUGUUGGCGACAGAGGUCCUGCCACUCAACUCUCUUCCGAGACGAAAGGGUAACGCGAGGAAGGAUUUGCGGGUGAGAGAAAAUCCCUCUAAAGGGACGUACGUUCAAAAUCUUCGACGGGUACCAGUUCACGAUUUAGAGGCUUUGUUAUCUGUGGUGAGCGAGGGUGCGAGGCGAAGAAGGACUGCUGCCACCAAACGCAACAGCUCCUCAUCAAGAUCACAUGCCUUGCUGGAGUUGUCCACUGCUUCUGCUACUUUACAUCUUGCUGAUCUUGCUGGCAGCGAAAAGUCCGGUUGGGAAGGCUGUGGUGGCAGGCAGAAGGAAGGAUCUAACAUUAACAAAUCACUAGUCGCGCUGAGCAAUGUCAUAUCAGCUCUAGUUAGCGGAGGCUCUGGCCGCGGCAGGUUCGUUCCCUUUCGCGAUUCAGCUCUCACGUGGUUGCUUAAGGAGUGUUUUACGGGCGGAGGAAAAACUUAUAUUAUAGCGACUGUAUCACCAAGUGCAGCCUGCUACGGAGAAUCAGCCUCAACCCUUCGUUGGGCGUCACAAGCUCGACAACUACCAGCGCGACCUAACGUCACUAAAACAGCUGUAACCAAAUCAGAAAUACAAGCGCAGUACAAUCAACUUAUAGCUCAACUAGAAAAUCACUUCAUACAAUACAAACCAGACUUAGCUUUACUGCAAUACGAUGAUAAGCAUUGGAAGUUGCAGUUAAAUAAGGCACAAAACUUAGAUGUUUCAUAUCCAGAAGCAAACAUAGGUAAUAUAAUGAAUGUAGGAUAUUCGAAAUCUGAUUCUCGUAAUCAUGAAUCGACUCAAUCUUCCAUCACAAGCGGAGGUUCGGAUAUUAAUAUGGAAAGAAAUAUGGAAGUCAGAAAUGAAAUUAGUAAAGAAAUAGAUGAACUAUUUGGACCGGCCCUCGAAAGAACUAAAAGCGGAAGUGACAUUGAAGUUGCUGUGCCUCUAAGACAUAAAAAACGUCAAUUCAGAUCACAAGAAGUUCUGCAAGAUGAAAAAUUGUCGCAACGUCUUAAAGAACAUCGUUUAUCUGAUGCUGGUGUUAAUAAUGAAAUUGUUACUGACGAAAAAAAUUACGACAGCACCAAAACACACGUACCAAUACUUUAUGAUAACCAACGCGCUGAGAUCAUAGCGUCUGUAACAGAGAGGUUGUAUUCGAAGCUUAGAAAGAAUGAAGAUGUAUCGAAAUCAGAAUAUACACCUGAUAAAAAACAGCAUGAAACUAAGGUGCAAGCAUUAGGCGAGUUGAAAAUCUGCUCCAAUGCUCGACAACGUUUGAUGGAGAUCAGCAAAAAAGCUUUGAGGAACAAAAGGAAAAUUGGUAUACCAGCACACACUCAAACCCGAAAAUCUGUUAUUCGUGUUAAAGAUCAAGGCAUUGACGUCCAAACGGAUCUUCAAACGUAUGUUAUCGGUACUCAGAACUUGACGUACUUAUUUCGGCAAGACGUCAGUACUGAGACGAUCACAAUGACCCCGAGAGUAAAAGAUAUAGCGAUUGGCUCUCAGCAUGGUACAUUAUAUUGCAAAGAUGGAUCAACAGCGACAGAACAUAGAAAAAUAACUUUAAAAUCGUCCUCUGUGAUGACGGAUAACGUGUCGACAUUCGACCGGUCUACACAAACACACAUACAGCCGCCACCUCGAAGAAGGAGACGUUUAUCAGCUUAUUCAAAGUAUAUAAAAAAAAUAGAAAGUAUUAAGCCAUCUACAGACGAACAUUAUGCCUCACCUGUAAUAAACAUCAAUAUAUCACCCAUUCUUCAAGAAGAUUCUGAAUCGCAGUCAUCUGAUGAAAUAUCAGAUAACCCAUCAAGAGUUAACGAAGAAAAUGAAAGGAGGAGUGCAGUGACUACCCCAGAUCUAUUAUCAAAUCACAAUAGCCAUAUAAAGUUAGAGUGUGAUAAAGUAUGCGACAAAAAUAACACAAAAAAUAUUUGUGAUUGUGAUUAUUCGAAUACAGCAAGCAAUAUCUCUUCAGGAUCAAUUAAUUUUGACGAUUCAGAUACAGAGGAUUUAAUACUACCGAGGGUGACAGUAGAUGCUUCAAGAAAAAUAGGCCAAAAAGAUUACGAGCAAUUAAUAUUAGGUUAUAAUGAUGAUGUGUAUCCGUACAAUAUAAAGUUGUCUCCCACAAGACAAAGGGAUGAAUCUAAGAGAGUUAUAAGAUUCAAGGACAUAGAUGUAACACCAGCAGAAUGUUGCAGUGAUGAAUGGCAGAGAAAAGUCAACACGGUCACGAAUGUAUCAGACGAGGGGAGCGUUGAUAAUGAUUUAGACAACAAUUAUUGUGAAUCGAUAAAAUCAAAUAAAAUAGAGACCGAUUCAUUUGUAUGGAAUAAAUGCGGUUCAGAUACAACUGAUACGACGCCAUGUUCAGAAAGAAAAUCGGUUAAAUCUAAAAGUAUGAGGGCAAAAAUGUAUGAUGAGUUUGACGAUUUCACCAGAGCGACCUGUUUCUGCGCAGGCGCAUCAAACAAUGACGACGAUUAUAAUAAUUCAUAUAAAAAUGCAAGGAAGAGCAGCUUAAAGAGUUCUAAGACCUUCGAUGUUUUCGAAAGGAAAAUAAAAAGCGCCUGCAACAGUUUAGAGAACUCUGUUAAUAAAUACGACGAUUAUUUAAUGAAUUUUAGAGAGAGGAGUAAGCAGAAAUACAAAGACGCUGUUCAAAGGCGGACUCCCACUGAAUAUUUGCAGCAUUUAAUCAGAUUAAGAAGGGAGGCUGUAUCGUCAGACUCUUUCUGAUUAAACAUAAAAUAUAUAAUCUACUAAUAAAUAAGAUUUUCGAUUGUAAGAAUUUAAAAGAAACUAAGUUUUUCGGAUACCAAGCAAUUUUAUUAUCAUAUUUUUAAAUAAUCCAAUGUUGAAAGAUAAUUUCAUCUCGUCUGUCCGUGAUCGCGGUUACUGUAAAGUAAUCGAAACGUCGAGAUCGUGUAGAGAUAAAAUAAAAAAAAAACGCGUAGUAUUCUAAAAAAAUAAAAACUGACUUUCAUUUAUUACGUGCUACUUGAAAGUAGUAGUUGGAAUUAUUAAUUAUUUUAAUGAUAAUUUUAACCUGAAAUACAUGUGCGAUGAGCUGAAUGUUGCUUAUGUGUAUUAAUUAGAUUCAAUAUAAUCAUUUCCUAAUAAUGUUUCAGCGUACGUUUACGUAAGUAAUGUAUUUUUUUUUUGAGUUAUCAAAAAGAUGGUAACGAAAAAUGUUUCGUAUUUAAUAUUGAACUGUUAAUAAAAUACUUCAUAAACUGAAAAUGAAUAGCUCAUCAAAAAAUAUUUUUAUAGUAUAAGGAAAAACUGUAUGUAUGUAUAUUUUCAUAGUUAUCUUUGUUGAUUUCUAUAUGUUGUUUGAUUUUAUUCUGUCUUCUAUACUUUAAUACGCAGAUUGAAAAAAAAAUAUAGAUAGAUUGUUUAAUAUUAAUUUCCCAUCAUCAAGUUUUAAAUUGUAAUCAAUAAAUAUUAUAAAUCGAACCUACCUACCCGCGUCUGUCUGUCUGUCUGUUCGCGAUAAACGGAAAAACUACUGCAUCGAUUAUAUAGCGUGAUUCUCGAGGGAGGUUUUAGUAUAUAAUUUGGUAAGUUUUUGUAUUUACUUGUGUGUACAUUAACGACAUUUGAAGAUGUCGGGAAAACAUGAGCCGUCUGAGAGCUUUUAACGAAAACGCUGCCUAAAGCCUUUGAGAUAUAGCAAAUUAAUAUAUGGUGGAAUUGUAUAUCUUAUAUAGGUCUACAGAAAAGUCUGCGGUGGCAUAUGUCUUUACCUUAAGGAUAACAUACUAUAUGCAUUACAACUUUAAAAAUUUGACAUUCCUAAAGCGUUUAUUGGGAAGUUAUUUACAUAAAUACGGUAUUAAGUCUUAUCAAAAUAAAUAACAUCGUUUUCAAGCCUACAUUUGUAUCUAUAAAUUACUUUUUAAAUAGUUUAAAUCGGGAGUACCAUUUGAUAGUUAUCAUAAUAUAAGUUUGAUAAUUCUCAAAAUGAAAUAGGAUAUUUUAUAUUUUUUGUAAAUAGACCGUGCGAAGCCGGGGCUGGUACCUAGUUUAAUAUUAAUUAGAAGACUUUUCAGUUUCCUAAUAAUAUAAAUAUAUUAUCUGAAAAAUAUUUCAUGUUUUGUGAUUUUGUAAGACCAACAAAGAGUGGUUUUUUUUCAAAUUUUGAUUUAUUUGAAUGUAUCAUUAAGAUUGGAUAAGAUUAGUAGAUACAGUUUCACUAUAAGUCUUUUCUUUAACAACAAACGUUUAAGUUUAUAUUGCGAAGCCUAUUUAUUUGGGAAGUUCAACUAUUCAGCGACAUACGAAAUUAAUGUUGCAAGUCCUAAUUUUCUUUUGAAUAAAAACAAUUAUUAAUUGUCAAAUUAAAAGCAUCAUAUAUUUUCGUCCACACCUCCUACCUUUGAUCUUGUACCUUAUACCUGCCAUUGAUAGAAUAUUGCUUUUAUUUAUAAUAAAUCUGUUUAAAUAAUUUAAAUAGUAGUGUGACCUUAGCCGCAGGUUUUGUAACGCCGGCUCCAGUCUCAAGUGUGAACCUUCGGACGUUAGUCUGCGCUCUUGCGUUAUCGUUGAUUAUUGCGAGCGUAAAAAAUUGCAAUUUCGAAAUAAGUCAAUUCAAAAACAAACAAAAAAAAAAUACUAAUAAUAUAUAGCAAUUGAACAUUUGUA